AGGAAGAAAAGCCUCAUCCUGACUCUCCCCACUUGUGUUGCGUAUCGCGCCGUUUGCAGCGGAGCUUCUGGCUGCAGAUCCGGCUGGAUGUGUGUCGCACUGGAGACAGAAAACACACACUCCUGCCAUUAAAACAACUGCAUGUGUGUGUGUGUGUUAGUCAUGAUUUAUCCACCUGAGCCGGGCAUGUAGUUGGCCGGGUUCGUGGGCGUGGGGACGCACGGAGGAAGCAGCUUGUCUUAUAGUUUGUCGUGGGAAUAUUGUUGAACUAAAACUUCACCAGUGACUGCAGGAGCUGCGCAGCUGGAAGCGCACGUUUAUUAUUUUUGCUCCAGUUUGUCUCAUUCACCAGUUUUCUUCACACCGGGAUGUACAUUUGGGAACUUUUAUCCGCCGUUGACGCAGAGGGUUUAUUUUCUAACUUUUGAUACCUUUUUCUGGGGGAAUACAGACAGAAAACACGGCAGUUCAGCGGACUCAGCGGCGCGUGCAUAAGGAGAGGAGAGUGAGGAGGUUCCACAGGCCUGAACACUGAACAGGAGAUCGAGGUGGUUGUCGUCAUCAGAGAUCAACAGGCCCCAACAGUAAACAGGUGACCAGCUCUCCUUAACGCCAAUCAAGAGGAACCUUUUCUCGGGGACCAUAGAGAGCGUGGGGAGACAUGAUGGAGCGGUGGUGGGCGUGGCAGUUCGCCCUGGUUGCCCUGGCGACCGUUUACCUCAUCCCCUCCUACGGUAAAAAGGCAGACUUCUCCUCCGACAUGCUGAUCAACAACGUGGUGUCGGACCCGCGGACGGGCCGGCUCUACGUGGGCGCCGUCAACAACCUCUACCAGCUGAACCAGGACCUGGAGGUGGAGUCCCGCACCGAGACGGGCCCCAAGAGGGACAACCGGCAGUGCACGCCGCCCGUCACUGACGCCUGCGAGGAGGCCGAGGACACGGACAACCACAACAAGCUGCUGCUGGUGCACGAAGCCAAGGACGUGCUGGUGGUGUGCGGCAGCGUCUUCAGAGGAAUCUGCUCGCUGAGGAACCUGAGCAACGUGGAGCAGCUGCUCUACUUCAGCGACACCAAGGGAGAGAAGUCGUACGUGGCGAGCGCCGAGGAGGGCGUCUCCGUGGUGGGAGUGAUGUCAUACUUCACCAAAGACAGAGACAACUUCACCGUCUUCCUGGUCGGUAAAGGCUACGGCAGCCACGACAGCACCAAGCUGAUCUCCACCCGGAUCCUGCAGGACUACGGGGACUGGGUGGUGUUCGACAGCAUCAUCGAGGCGUCGGCGGUGCAGGCCAACCCCUUCGUGCUGCGCUACCUGCACGACUUCCGCUUCGCCUUCAAGGACGGCGGCUUCGUCUACUUCCUGUUCUCGCGGACGCUGGGGGUCCAGGACACCAAGAACUACACCUUCAUCUCCAGGAUGUGCGAGGACGACCAGGGCUACUACUCCUACACCGAGCUGCAGCUCAACUGCAGCGACAGCAACAAGUACAACAAGGCUCAGGCUGCUUAUGUGACGACACCAGGAGAAGUUCUGGCUGAGUCUAUGACCAACUCUGGGAAGUAUGGACCAGUUUCAGCCCAUGACAAAGUGCUGUUUGUCACCUUCACUUCUGAUGAAGACCCGACUUCUUCAGCCAUGUGCAUGUACCCUCUGCAGUCUAUUAAUAAGCGGCUGGUGGAGAUAAUAGGAGCCUGUUACAGCUACAACGGCAUCAUUAACGAGAAGGCGGCCGUCUACUCGCCGUACUCCUCCAAGUCUGAGGAUCUGUGCAGCAGCAGUAAUCAGAACAACAUGGCCCUGAGAUACAAGUGUGGAGCCGAGUUCCUGCCGUCCCCACUGGCCAGUAAGGCUGAUUUUGCCUUGAUGUCUGAGGCCUCAUUGGCCCGUAAAGGUCACAUGACCGCCGUGGCUGUGGCGGUGGAGAUGGGGCACGCUGUGGCGUUCCUGGGCACCGCCACCGGAGAGGUGCUGAAGGUUCACCUGUCGGCUCCUCCGGAGGUUUACGGCCGAGUGCCGGGCGAAGCCAACGGAGACAAGGUCAACAAGAACCUGCUGUUCGAUUCCCAGCUCCAACACCUGUACAUCACCACGGAGAAAAAGAUCACCAAGGUCCCGGUGCAGGCCUGCCACCUGAAGACAGACUGUCAGUCCUGCAUGUCCAUGAAGGAUCCGUACUGUGGCUGGUGUGUCCUGGAGGGGAAGUGCACCAGGAAGAAGGAGUGCAGCAGGUGGAGGGAGGCCAACACCUGGCUGUGGUCGCCUGAUCAGAAGUGUGUGGAGAUCGAGGCGUUCGACCCUCCGAACCUGAGCUGCAGGAAGACCCAGCAGGUGGACAUCAGCAUCCCGUCGCUGCCCGUGCUCCGGAGCUCCGACCGGCUGCAGUGUGAGUUCGGAGACUUCGUCAGCAACGCCGUGGUCGACUUCGUCAACGGUCAGCUGCAGGUCACCUGCUCGCUGCCCGACCCCGGGGACAUCCCACACACCCAGGACCAGCAGGACUUCGUGUCGGUCCCGGUCAAAGUUCUGGUGAACGACAAGAUCCAGGUGACGUCAGGAGAAUAUCACUUCUACAACUGUGCUGCUACAGUCAGGAAGAACCAGAACUCACCGUGUAUAGCGUGUGUGACCAGUGCGUGGGGCUGUCAGUGGAACGCUCAGGACCACAGCUGCAGCGACAACGACAACACCGUCAGUGAACACAUCAUCAAACCACAACAGGCGGGCAGCUGUCCUCAGUUUGAGUCUCCGGAGCCUCAGAUGAUCCCUGUCGGCUUCCAGAUCCCCAUCAGCUUCCAGGGCAGAAACCUGGACAGCUACAUGGGUCAGAGGUUCUCCAUCGGGACGGAGCUGAUGAAGGACACGGAGGUGACGGUCACACAGGAGCAGGGGUCAAAGUUCAAGUUCACCGGUUAUGAGUUUGCCUAUGACAAGCAGCAGGAGGUGAACGUAUCCUUCCAUAUCAAAGACAGAGACACUGAGAGGAAGAUUGACAGCACCCUGACAGUCGUGCUGUAUAACUGCUCCGUGGGAAGAGAAGACUGCAGUCUGUGCAAACACGCCGCCGCCAUGUACCAGUGUGUCUGGUGCUCGGCCUCACGCACCUGCGUUUACCGGGAACUCUGCCCGUCGGAGCAGCCGGCUCAGUGCCCCGACCCGGAAAUCACAGACAUCGUCCCUCGCUUCGGCCCUCUGAACGGGCGGAUCUCAGUGACCAUCAAAGGCUCCAACAUGGGGAUAAAGAAGGAGGACAUCAAGAAGAUCACAGUGGCCGGAGUGGACUGUGUCCACCAGGCGGACAGAUACUCCGUCUCCACCAGUGUUGUGUGUGAGAUCGGUCCAGCGAGGCGUCGUCCCCCGUCCGACCUCCCGUUUGAACCGUCCCACAGUGGAGCCGUGGAGAUAGAAGUCGAGGGAGGAAGAAGUGGGAAGUCUCACGUCAUUUUCACCUAUCGGGACCCCAAACCGAAGUUCGUGAGCCCGGUGAAGGGUCCAGCAGCCGGAGGAACCGUGAUCACGAUCUCAGGAGAAGACCUGGACACGGCGAGUAAAGAGGACGUGGCGGUCUCAGUGGGCGGAGUCCCCUGUGAAGUCCUGAAGUUCGGCUCAAAGAUCACCUGUAAGACGGGGAAGUACAGCGGGCAGAGAGUUCCCUCGGAGGCGUUACCGGUGACGGUGAGAUACGGCAGAAACACAACUAAAGACGUCCCCGCGGCGUACCAGUACUCUGAAAACCCCAAGAUCACUGAUUAUAACCCCAAAGGAAGCUUCUUAUGCGGUGGUCGGAGGAUCGUGGUGACAGGAAGUGGUUUUGAUCUGAUCCAGAGCGCCACGAUGAAAGUCACGCCCUCCGAGAACGAGUUCUCACAGAACACCUCACCUGUGGAGUUUGUGCAGCAGGCUCUGAGUAAGAACGACACGGUGCUGCAGUUCGACUCUCCGCCCGUCCACAACACGACGGUGGACGUCCCGUCUCUGAGGACGUUUCUGUUGCUGGACAACGCCAAAGAGGAGCUGAAGAGCUUCGACUACCACCCCGACCCCACCUUCAACAAGCUCAACAAGAACGUCAUCACCGAGACCAGCAUCAUCAUCGUCACCGGUCGAGGUUUCUCCAAGGCCAUGACGGCUAAAGAGGCUCAGGCGUUCGUCGGAGACGCUUUGUGUCACGUCAACAUCCUGCAGGAUGAUAAACUGAUCCUGGAGGCUCCGUCCUCUCAGCCCAGAUCCAGAUCCAAACGCCAGCGCAGAGACACCACCAACGACCUGCUGGACCUCAUGGUGAAGUUCGGUCACGGCGAGUGGACGGUGGGUUCGGUUUAUUACGCCAGGAAGGACGACAUCCCUCUGGCCAUCAUCAUCCCCGCCGUCAUCGUCCCCAUGCUGCUCUUCAUCGCCAUCUCCGUCUACUGCUACAGGAGGAAGAGUCAGCAGGCGGAGCGAGAGUAUGAGAAGGUGAAACACCAGCUGGAGAAUCUGGAGGAGAGCGUUCGAGAUCGCUGCAAGAAAGAGUUCACAGAUCUGAUGAUUGAGAUGGAGGACCACACCAGCGACCUGAGCGAGGCCCGGAUCCCCUUCCUGGAUUAUAAAACCUACACGGACCGGACCUUCUUCCUGCCCUCCAAGGACGGCGCCAACGACACCAUGAUCACAGGGAAGAUCCAGAUCCCCGAGGCCCGCAAGGCCAUCGUGGCCCAGGCCCUCAACCAGUUCUCCAACCUGCUCAACAGCAAGACCUUCCUCAUCAACUUCAUCCACACGCUGGAGAGCCGUCCGGACUUUAACGCCCGCACGCGGAGCUACUUCGCCUCGCUGCUGACGGUGGCGCUGCACGGGAAGCUGGAGUAUUACACCGACAUCAUGAGGACGCUGCUGCUGGAGCUGAUGGACGAACACGUGCAGAACAAGAACCCCAAACUGAUGCUGAGGAGGUCAGAGACGGUGGUAGAGAGGAUGCUCUGUAAUUGGAUGUCCAUCUGUAUCUAUCAGUUCCUCAGGGACACAGCAGGAGAGCCUCUGUAUAAACUGUUCAAGGCGUUGAAGCACCAGGUGGAGAAAGGACCGGUGGACGCCAAGGUGAAGAAAGCCAAAUACACCCUGAACGACACGGGGCUGCUGGGAGACGACGUGGAGUACUCUGUGCUGACUCUGCAGGUGUUGGUGCACGGCGAGGGGCCUGACGUGACGCCGGUCAAGGUCCUGAACUGCGACACAAUCUCACAGGUGAAAGAGAAGAUCAUCGAUCAGGUGUACAGGAACCUGCCGUACUCCCAGAGACCCGAGGUGGAGAGUGUUGCUCUGGAGUGGCGUCCCGGCUCCACGGGUCAGAUCCUGUCCGACCUGGACCUCACCUCACAGAAGGAGGGACGCUGGAAGAGACUCAACACUCUGGCUCAUUACAACGUUCGAGAUAACGCCACGUUGGUUCUGUCCAGAGUUCUGCACACACAGUCCUUCCACCAGCACCAAGACAGCUACGAAGAGAAGAACGCGCUGCUGGAGGACGACAACACCUUCCACCUGGUCCGGCCGGCGGAUGAGAUCGACGAGGUGAAGUCGAAGCGCGGCAGCAUGAAGGACAAGGCCAUGACCAAAGCCAUCACCGAGAUCUACCUGACCAGGCUGCUGUCCGUCAAGGGCACGCUGCAGCAGUUUGUGGACGAUUUCUUCCGCAGCGUGUUGUGUUCGAGCUCCGUCGUUCCUCCGGCCGUCAAAUACUUCUUUGACUUCCUGGACGAGCAGGCGCUGAGACACGACAACGUGGACGAGGAGACGCUGCACAUCUGGAAGACCAACAGUUUGCCUCUGAGGUUCUGGGUGAACAUCUUGAGGAACCCUCACUUCAUCUUCGACGUUCACGUGACGGAGGUGGUGGACGCGUCGCUGCACGUCAUCGCUCAGACCUUCAUGGACGCCUGCACCAAGACGGAGCACAAGCUCAGCAGAGAGUCUCCCAGCAACAAGCUGCUCUAUGCAAAAGAGAUUUCCACGUACAAGAAGAUGGUGGAUGAUUACUAUAAAGGCAUCAGACAGAUGAUUCCCGUCAGCGACCAGGACAUGAACACACACCUCGCUGAGGUGUCCCGGCAACACACAGACAAGCUGAACACCCAGUUGGCCUUACAUCAGCUGUACCAGUACGCCAGCAAGUACUACGAUGUGAUCAUCCAGUCGCUGGACGAGGACCCGGCAGCCCAGAACAAGCAGCUCACGCUCCGCCUCCAACAGAUCGCCGCCGCCCUGGAGAACAAGGUCACCGACCUUUGACCUCUGACCUCACGGAGGGGGCGGGGAGGAGGGGGGGGAGCAGCAGCAGCUAACGGCUACUAAAAAACCACGGGAUGUUGUUUUCCAUUAGAGGACUCAGAGGAGGACGAGCUCACGGACUCUACCGAAUGUUUGACCAUAUAAGGACUUGAAGUGGGCGGGGCUAGUGGAGGCCACAGGAAGCUGUUGACCAUAUAAGGACUGAAGGAGGGAGGGGAGGAGUUAUUGGACUCCAAAUGAAGUUAAAAUGUGCCCAGAGUGGUGGAAACUGAAGCGAACUUCCACUUGAAACGGAAACGGUGAAACGGCUGCAGAUUUGGUGAAAACAAAGGGUUAUUUUUUUAAAAAGGCGCUCAGUGUGUGUGACCCUGGGACCGAGCUGUUACUGUGUUUGGCUUCUCUACAACACUAGUUUUAAUUUUGCCAUGUAGGGACUGAGAGAGAAAAACACAAGGAAUGAAGAUUUUUUUUUUUUUUUUUAAUUGAAGAAUCAAAGUGAAGUUCUGAGACAUUACCAAAUAUUUACUUUUUGCUACUCGGCCCUUUUUUUUCUUUAAUUUUGUCGUUUUAUUGGAGGUUCAGCUGCUUCCGGAUGCUUCGUAACCACUUUUUUUUUUUGCAUCGUUUCACAGCGAAGUCGACGAACUGUGGAUGUUUCCUCUCAUGCUUGAUCAGAAGUCAGUUUUUCUGUCGCCGUAACAAGAAAAUCUGAUCUCGUUUCAGCUUUUGGGUGAACUUUUCUUUCAAAAUAAAAAUAAUCAACCAAUGAAAACCCACUACGGUACGCACCACUGGCCAAUCAGGAGGCUCGGCUUGUCUGCAGGAGAGUAAAUUCAGGGUACGACGUCCAAAAAUCACACCGAAAACAUUUUAACUUUUCUUAUGUCGUGGCCAAAUGUGUUUUUUCAUAUCGGAUUGUGUGUUUCUACGCAGACGACACUGUGCUGUCGACUCCAAUCUGUUUAGUUUUUAGUAUUAAUCUUCUGGCUUUUUGCAUUUCCAUAUACAACCAUGAGAAUCUUUCCAAUGGACUGAGACAGUGCCACUUUUAUUUUGUAAAGUGUUAAUCAGGGUGGUCCAUGAUGUCAUAUCCUGUGUGUGAGUAAGUGUGUGAGUGUGUCUAAUAGUUAUAUCAACACCACUUUGUUGCCAAGGUUACCAGCUUGUUUUUACUGUCUGUAAAAAAAAAAAAUUCCUGACUGCCUGACAACAGCCAAACACCUUUUAUUCAGUGUGAUUUUUUUUUUUUUUUAAUGAUCUGUAUUAUUUCACUUCUUUUGCAAUACUCCCUUCAUAUAAAAUGCUGCGUUUCUUUCUGCACACGUUAGAAAAUGAGUCUUCUGAAGACAAGGUACGCCACGAAUCCUUCAAAAAGGCUUCAAAUAAAUCGAAAAAUCAAGGUGGUAAA